CGUCAAAUAAAGUUCUAAGUGUCUGAGAGGAGGAAGCUCUGCACUCGGGAGUAACGAUGGCGUUAGAGCUGUACCUGGACAUGUUCUCUCAGCCCUGCCGCUCCGUUUAUAUCUUCGCCAAGAAGAACAACAUUCCCUUUGAAUUCAAGUCAGUUUCGCUGAUGGAAGGUGAGCACUAUGGAGAGGAGUUUGGGAAGAUCACCCCGAUAAGAAAAGUCCCCGCUCUGCGAGAUGGAGACUUCUGCCUGGCUGAAAGUGUCGCCAUCCUGCAGUAUCUGGCGGAGAAGUUUAAGACUCCAGACUUCUGGUACCCAGCCGACCUCCAGCAGCGCGCUCGCGUCAAUGAGUAUCUGUCAUGGCAGCACACGGGGCUGCGCUGGCAGGGAACCAAGAUUUUCUGGCUCCGGGUUUUCAUUCCCAAAAUUCUGGGCGUGGAUGUCCCGCAGGACAAGCUGGACGGUGCCCUGGAGGAUCUGAAUGGCUCACUGAAACUCAUGGAAGAAAAGUUCAUCCAGGACAAGCCCUUCAUCGCAGGAGAUCAGAUCUCUCUGGCCGACCUGGUCGCCAUUGUGGAAAUCAUGCAGGCCCUCUCUCAUCGACAGCCUGUGGGCUCCGGCUUGGACGUAUUCGAGGGCAGGCCCAAGCUGAGCGCCUGGCGGGACAGGGUCCAGGCCGCCAUCGGGAAGGAGCUGUUUGACGACGCCCACCAGAUCAUCCUGGGAGCCAGGGAGAGUGUAAAGCUAAUGGACCACAGCAAGCUUCAGCUCUUCAAGCCCAAGAUUCUCAAGUUAUUCUUGUGAAGAGGAGAACGCCUGUUAUGUUCAAACUGUCUUAGCAAAGUUUCCUUCUCAUUACAUCAUGUGUCACUGUUAGACUGGAUUAUAUGGGACAUGCUUUCCCAGUUUAUUGUACGAAGAACCCCUCUGUUGGAAAGUAAAAAGCACUAGAGUGGUUUAGUAUGAUAGCAUGUGAUGUGCAGGAUAGUGGGCCAAGGAGGCAGUCCGGGACUCAUUGUGUAAUGUAGAGGAAUGUGAAAUGUGAGAUAACUGCUCCUCUGUGAGCUGAGAUAUUUCCUGAAUGCUUCACUGUGGACGUAGUUAGUUCAUCAGCUGUGCUCUGUCGGCCUUAAUAAACAGUGUUUGUGUUUUUGAA